AUGCUCCCUAUCAAAUACCGGCACCUCAAUCCAUCCUUCUUCUGUUCCAAUGAAGGUUCUCGCCAUCUCACUCCUGGGCCUGUUGGCUGCAACACAGGGCGCAGAAUGCAGUGCCACGGAAAAUCGCAAAUUCUCCAAGAACAGUUUCGCAACGCCAAGAUUAACGGUACAGAGUUUGUUGAGGCUGGCACCAACCUGACAGCGCCAUCAACUCACCCAACAUGUGCUGCAUUCAAUUCGGCGCUUGAUGUCGAUCUUUGCCGAGUGAAGAUGUACGUGAGCACCUCCAAGAAAAGCGGUGUUAGCCUCGAAACCUGGCUGCCUCUUGAUUGGUCUGGUCGCUUCUUGAGCGUUGGCAAUGGUGGUCUGGGUGGCUGCAUUUCCUACGACGACAUGGCCUACACGGUUGCGAGGGGAUUCGCAGUUGUUGGAACCAACAAUGGCCACGACGGAAACACCGGCCUACCAUUUUACAAGAAUCGGGAAGUUCUCGAGGACUUUGCAUACCGCGCCCUUCGCACCGGCGUGGUCGUGGGCAAGAAGAUCACCAAAGCCUUUUAUGGGAAGGGACAUACGAAAUCCUACUAUCUUGGCUGCUCUACUGGUGGCCGCCAGGGGUUUAAGGAGGCUCAGGACUUCUCUGCUGACUUCGAUGGAAUCGUUGCGGGAGCGCCGGCAUUCGAUUUCGGCAAUCUCCAGGCGUGGUCUGGUCACUUUCUCAGCUUGACUGGCACUCCCGGCUCACCAACCUUCCUCACACCCGCUCAGUGGUCUCUCGUGGUGUUAGACGUCCUCACCCAGUGCGAUGGGCUUGAUGGCCAGGUGGAUGGAAUCAUCGAGGACCCAGACCUUUGCCAGUACCGCCCUGAAAGCUUGAUCUGCGGCGAGAACCCAACGAGUAACUGCCUCACGGGAAUACAAGCAGGCGUUGUCAGAGACGUCUUCUCCCCGCUCUAUGAUGCCACGGGCACCUUGCUGUACCCUCGAUUACAACCCGGCGCGAAUUCCACAAGCACUGUAUGGUCAGGAACUCCAUUCCAAUACGCCGUCGACUGGUGGCGUUAUGUUAUUUACAACAAUCCUUCGUGGGGACCUGAGCUGACCCUCGCUGAUAUCGAGGCGGCCAAGAAGGUCGACACCUUUGGCAUCAACACAUGGAAAGGAGAUCUAUCCAAGGUCAGGGACCGUGGUGCCAAGAUUCUUCACUACCAUGGUCUUCAGGAUCCCAUCAUCAGCAGCGACAACUCAGCUCGGUACUAUAACCAUGUUUCGCGCACCAUGGGUCUCCAAUCCGGCGAACUGGACGAAUUUUACAGAUACUUCCGUAUUUCAGGCAUGAACCACUGCACAGGAGGGCCCGGGGCCUUCAACAUUGGCAACAGAGGCAGCGGCUUUGGUGGCGAAGAGCCUGAGCGCAACGUCCUGAAUGCGGUGGUUCAGUGGGUUGAGGAAGGUAUUGCGCCUGAUUACGUGUUAGGCACUGCCUACACUGACGCAACCAAGACCAAGGUGGCUUUCGAGAGGAAGCAUUGCAAGUACCCUCUGCGGAACAGCUACAAAGGAACGGGUGACCCUAACUCUGCUGAAAGUUGGCACUGUACAUGA